CAGGGAAGCGACGGCGAGGACGAAUGAGGAUGUCUUCCUGAAGCCAGAUGGGCUCCAGAAAGGCUUUUCCAAUGUCACAAAAAUGCUCAUAACGCUGUGCUACGUCUACCUUUGGGUGCGCUUUCAGAAGUGCUACGCACUGGUUAUUCGGAGCACAGUGCACAAACUGUGCGGAGCUAGAAACAGUUUCGCCUUCUGUACCGUGAGACCAGGGACGGUACAGAGUGAGCAGCACACCGGCGACCAAAGUUUCAUUCAGCAAAAGCGUCCUUCCUUGGCUGAAGAUACCGUUUUUCUCAAGUUGGGCAAUAAGGUCAUUCACAUUACAGAGCAGCAGGCUUGCGAAGACAUCAGCAAGUGGACGCUGCUGUUGGGAUCUCCUGUGGUUUGUGGUGCAAGGUCAGACAACAUUGCAUUCGUCAUAGAGGCGGCCGCGUCGCAAGGAGUGGAUGUAAAGUCGCUUACCUCAUCAAAUAAGAAAGUGCUGAAGUGGUCAGAUUACUGUUUGCCGCUGGCCUGCAGCCCCGGGAAGCCAUUCAAAGCGGUGGCUGAGGCCAGCGUGGAGAACUUCAGCAGGCUGGGAGUGGCCUUCAUGGAAGACCGGCUGCAGGUGGACAAUGGACUCAUACCAGAAAAGAUAGUCUCUGUCCUGCUCAGGGAAUCUGCACUUCAAGAACUGGUUGAAAAGAAACAGCCGCAGAGCUACGACCACACAGAGCUCGUAUCGGACAGCGUUCCGGCAGAGAUAGUGCUAUCCGAGCCUUCGCCUUGUGAGGAGGAAAGGGAGGCGGGGCAAGAGGGCAGGCGUCGGCUCGCUCGGGAGAACGGCCUGAAGCCGUCAGCGACCACUGAGGGAGAGGGCGAGCGGGGCGCAGGGGAGCUGCCUGUGUCAGAAGGGGGGCUGAGCGCGGAGGCAGGACAGGCAGGGGGAGAGGAGGAGGACUCCGUGAGAGACCACCACAUGGAGGGGCAUCACCUGCACCUCUCCAGCUGCCACGAGUGCCUGGAGCUGGAGAACAGCACCAUCCUCUCGGUGAAGUUCGCCUCGGCCGAGAACAUCCCGGACCUCCCCGAUGACUACGGCGAGCCGGGAGGGGACGCGGACCGGGGCGAGGGCGAGGGCGAGGACUACGCGGGCCAGACCAGGAGGGUGAACGUCAGCGGAAAGCCCCCCAACGUGCUGGUGUACGCGGGCAGCAGCGAAGAGCGCUUCCGGCAGGUGCGCUCCCUGCUGGCCGAGUGCGUGGACACGGACAGCUAUGCGCUGUAUCCGCUGCGGCCCCAGCAGGCCCUGAGCGAGCCCUGGCUGGAGAGCGCCCUCCUGCUGGUGCUGGCGUCAGACGAGGCCCUCACGCCCCAGCUCCAGGAGCGCUUCCUCCGCUACCUGCAGAAGGGGGGCAAGGUACUGGGCCUCUGCUCCACGUUCUGCCCCGGGGGGCUGACCCUCGCCCCCCGGAGCGGCCAGAGGAACAGGAUCCACCGGCUGAGCUUCACCAAGGCCGACACCACGGAGCUGGAGCUGAGCGUGCUCGGCAGCGGGCGGGCGUUCGAGCGGGUGGCGGGCGACCACGACCCGGGCGAGGUGGAGCUGUGGGGCGAGCUGCGCGGGGACAGCAAGGACAUGGUGAUCGUGAGGGUGACGCACGGGGACAAUGGCGGGGAAGCCAUACUCUGCCAGGUCCGUCUGGAGACGGCCCCCGACUCGCAGGACGUGCAGAGCCCGCGGGAUUUCGACGAGCUGAAGGUGAGCAACGCCCGGCGCUACGAGGUGCUGACCGAAAUGCUGAGCUUCCUGGGGCUGAGCUGUGACCUGAGCCAGACUCCGCCCCCCAGCCCCGUCUACCUCCUCUCCACCUCUCAGAAAUCUGGGAGCAGCGUCCUGAAAUGGCUGCGCACGCAGGUGGACGGAGAGGGCCAGCUGCGGUCUCCCAAAGUCACCCUGAGAGUGGUCUCCAGAGCCGAGUCCCAGCUGGACCUGCCAGAGGGCACCCUCGCCCUGGUCACCGAGCCCCCGGAGGUCGUCUCUGAGCAGUUCAGCCUGGAGACCUACAGCCUCAACCUGGACACCAGCACCCUGGGCCGCAGCCUGCUGUACGCCGAGGUCACCCCCACCACCAUGGACCUGCUGGAGGGGUUGAUGCUCCAGUUGCCUCAGGAAGUGGGGUUAAUAGCUGUAGCGGCCCGGCAGACUCAGGGCAGAGGUCGCGGGGGCAACGCUUGGCUGAGCCCGCUGGGGUGUGCCAUGUUCACCCUGCAUGUGCAGGUGCCGGUCAGCUCUUGCCUGGGCCAGAGGAUCCCCUUCCUGCAGCACCUGGCUGCGCUGGCAGCGGUGGAAGCGGUGAGGACCCUGAGCGGGUACGAGGACAUAGAUUUGAGAGUAAAAUGGCCCAAUGACAUUUACUACAGUAACCUAAUGAAGUUGGGUGGAGUCCUGGUGAACUCAACACUUAUGGGACCAACAUUCCAUUUGCUCAUUGGUUGUGGAUUCAACGUGAGUAACAGUAACCCCACCAUCUGCAUCAAUGACCUGGUGGUGCAGCACAACAAGGAGUGGGGCACCUCCCUGGAGCCCCUCAGCACAGCCCAGCUCAUUGCGCGUACCGUUACCAUUCUGGAGCAGCUCAUCUCCGACUUCCAGCAGAGGGGACCGCAGGCAGUCCUGCCCCUCUACUACAAGAGAUGGGUGCACAGUGGCACACAGGUGCGUCUGUGGAGCGAGGACGGGCCCAGAGCAGCAGUGGUGGGGCUGGAUGACAACGGCUUCCUGCAGGUGCAGUCCGAGGAACAGGGCGUGGUCUCCGUGCAGCCCGAUGGCAACUCCUUCGACAUGCUGAGGAACCUGGUUGUCACUAAGCACCACUAGGACUGUGCUGGACUAUCGGGGCGAACAACCCCACCCCGUUCCCCGCUGGUCUCACAAGUGCUACUCUGACACCUAUCGACAAAAACUGCUAUUAUGGUCAAUACGUUAGGAGCAAUGUUAUUAUUGCCCAAGACGAGCUUUUCUGGUAGCAAAUACUCCCUUGAAAUUAAUUCAGCUAUUUUCCUAUUUUGAAGAUUGAUUGAAACACUAGGGAACAUGGAAUAAAUUAUUCCACUUAAGAUGUGGGUAUUAAUGAUACCUGAGGAACUGUAAUUAUUUUAUAGAAAUGAAAGUUGAGAUGUCCUGUAUGCUGCAGAUGAGCUUUGUAGAUUAUAUCAAGCAGUUGCUAACAAGGGGCUAAUUUCUAUCAAAAUGACAAAUAUUUCACAACUCUGUACCUGAUGGAUCACUGAAGGUUAUGUUUUACUGUCCAGUGUAAAAGAACAUAUUAAUUGGGCUGUCAUUUCAUAUCAACACUUAAAGAAACCACAUAAGAGAUUUGUUUUGGUUAUGUCAUUUCUAAAGUAAUCUUCCAUUCUCCAAUAAUAUAUUAAGGAUACAUACAUGUGGGGCUAAUUGUCACCAGCCUUAACUUCAAUGCUUCAGAAACAAAAUACCCUUACAUUUAACAUUCGGCCAUGGCUGUGUGUCUCUUUCUGUUGGUCUUGAGGAUGGCUUGUCUAAGUGUAUGCGAUGGUCAUUAACAUGUCAAACAUGUCUCGGUGGCCUGGAAAUGUACCAAAACUGAGCAGCCAGAUUAUUGACAUGUGAGGUCAUACUGUUUGAUGCAAGUGUGUUAUUUGAGUUCAAACACAUUGUAAUAGACUACCAGAAAGCUGGCUCAUAUUCAAAAGGACAGUGUAAAUAGCUUUUGUUUAACAUUUGUAGUUUCUGAGCCCAUAAAUAACCAUAGCCCUUUGUUCCACACUCAGUGAUGUUACUCUUACAUGAUCUGAAUUAGUCUGAAGUACAAAUAGCAUAUUUCUUUUCUUUGGGAAGAUUUUGCUCUUUGGUGAAAUUUAGCUGUCUGUGAUUGUGCCUGAUGCAUAAGACUGCAUACCUGGUCCUGCAGUAAUUUGCCCCCCCCAAAUUGGUUGUUCACAUGAAAUGGUGAUUGCAUAAUCUCCCACAUUUGUACAACUUUGACAUGAGCUGUAUAUCUUGGUAAAUUGCUGCAAAAUGUACUUCACUAAAAUGUCUUUAGUAAUGGUUUACGUCAACGAAUAACACAACGGUGAAAUUGCUUGCGCAAGCAUUUGUGUGUUAAUGUUUAUUAAUAGCUUGUGGACCUCCCUGGAACGUCGCCCUGAAUGCUUGAUUCAGCUUCACUAUUACAGGAGCAUAAAAUGGAGCUAAACACUGUGGCUGCGAGAGGGAAAAAGACUGAGUGCGAUCCGUCAGGUUCCUGACCUCGUAGCUGUUGAAGUGCAGGGUGCUAUUAACAGCCUCUAAGUAUUUUAGAGCACAUUAACAGGUUUGCCAGAGCCUUGUUUCUCACGCCACAAGUGCUGUCACUCCCGCAGCGGUGGCGAGUCUCUGUUCAAAUGUGACUUUGGGGGAAAAGUAAUUUGGGGGCUGAGUCACAGCUGAGGCCGGGGUGCAGGAUUCACUUGAAUGGCAGGCCACGUUUCCUCUGGUUCGCUCCCCCGUGCUUGCUGCAGGGGGCAGUGCUUGUGGGGAGCUUCUAAUGGGAAACAUGUUGAGUGCAGCAGCCGCCCGUGUGGAUCUGGGAGAAAAGUGGGCCGCCACAACUAUUUACUGCCCCUGCUUCCCCUCCCCCGUCCCCCCUCCCGCCCCCUCUUCCGCGGGUAAUGAAGUGUGGGA